CCUUUUGUACACAAACACACACUGGUCAAUGAUUGCACAGUGGAGUUGCGGUGGUCUCUCAGUCAUGUUGGCUCUGUUGCGCCACCUGACUUUGUCAUGUUGCUAUGGAGGCCGACGCUCCAUAGCAACCAUCAUCUCUGGAAACCAAACGGCCAAGCUGGUGAGGGAGCGUCUGAAGAAGGAGGUGGACAAGAUGAAGACGUCCAAGGUCAUCCCGAGUCUACUGGUUUUACAGGUGGGAAACAGAGAAGAUUCCAACUUGUACAUCAGCAGCAAGAUGAAAGCUGCAGCUGAGGUGGGCAUUGAAGCAGCGCACGUGAGGUUGCCCAACACGGUGACACAGGACGAGGUGCUGCGGACCAUCGCGUCCGUCAACGAGGACGCGUCCGUGCACGGCCUCAUCGUGCAGCUUCCCCUGGAUUCCGUCAACCGCAUGGACGUGGAGCUGGUCACCAACGCCGUAUCGCCGCUCAAAGACGUGGACGGUCUGAGUUGCAUCAACGCAGGCAAGCUAUCUCGCGGGGACCUGAACUACUGCUACAUUCCGUGCACCCCCAACGGUUGCAUGGAACUCAUCAGACAGACAGGUGUAAGCGUGGCUGGCAAACACGCCGUGGUGAUCGGUCGCAGUAAGAUUGUGGGCGCGCCCAUGCACGACCUGCUCUUGUGGAACCACGCCACUGUUACCACCUGUCACUCAAAGACGCAUGACAUUGCCAAACACGUGGGCAGGGCGGACAUCGUGGUGGUGGGGGCGGGGCGAGCGGAGAUGGUGCAAGGCGAUUGGCUGAAGGAGGGCUGCGUGCUCAUCGACUGCGGGAUCAAUCACGUGGCGGACGGCAGCAAGCCGAGCGGCAAGCGUGUGGUGGGCGACGUGCAUUUCGCCUCAGCCUAUCAAAGAGCUGGAUUCAUCACGCCGGUUCCGGGAGGGGUGGGGCCCAUGACGGUGGCCAUGUUGAUGCAGAACACGGUGCUCAGCGCUCAGCGUGUCCUCACCAGCGCUGCUGUUUAACACUCGUUGCGCUCUCAAUAGUCCUCCUGUUCCAAAAUAAAGAAUCGCAAAGCGUG